CCGGAGGUCGAGACCCAAUCGGCAGCGACAGCGGCGAGCGGGGGCGGGCCGAGUGCGGGCUUCCGUCGAGGCCCGGCAGACGCUGAGGAAGAGCCAUCCCGGAGACGCUGCGGCCGAGUGCGGGGCGGCCAGGAUGACAACCUCAGGUGCGCUGUUCCCGAGCCUGGUGCCCGGCGCCCGGGGCUCCUCCACCAAGUACCUGGUGGAGUUCCGAGCAGGGAAGAUGUCACUCAAGGGGACCACAGUGACCCCCGACAAGCGCAAGGGGCUCGUGUACAUCCAGCAGACGGACGACUCGCUCAUCCACUUCUGCUGGAAGGACCGCACGUCUGGCAGCGUGGAGGACGACCUCAUCAUCUUCCCCGACGACUGCGAGUUCAAGAGGGUGCCGCAGUGCCCCAGCGGCCGCGUCUACGUGCUCAAGUUCAAGGCUGGCGCCAAGCGCCUCUUCUUCUGGAUGCAGGAGCCCAAGACGGACCAGGACGAGGAACACUGCCGCAAAGUGAACGAGUGCCUCAACAACCCCCCGCUGCCCGGGGCGCUGGGCGCGAGUGGGGGCAGCGGCCACGAGCUCUCAGCGCUGGGCGGAGAGGGCGGCCUGCAGAGCCUACUGGGGAACAUGAGCCACAGCCAGCUCAUGCAGCUCAUCGGGCCUGCCGGCCUCGGGGGCCUGGGGGGCCUGGGGGCGCUGACGGGGCCCGGCCUGGCCAGCUUAUUGGGGAGCGGGGGACCUCCAGCCAGCAGCUCCUCAUCCAGCUCCCGGAGCCAGUCAGCAGCGGCCACUCCAUCAUCCACCACCUCUUCUGCCCGCGCCACCCCAGCCCCGACAGCACCAGCCGUGGCAGCAGCAGUGCCAAGCCCGAGCCCGGCCCCCAGCUCUGGGAAUGGGGCCAGCACGGCCACCAGCCCCGCGCAGCCCAUCCAGCUGAGUGACCUGCAGAGCAUUCUGGCCACCAUGAGCGUGCCCGCCACACCUGGGGGCGGCCAGCAAGUGGACCUGGCCAGUGUGCUGACGCCAGAGGUCAUGGCACCCAUCUUGGCCAACGCGGACGUCCAGGAGCGCCUGCUGCCCUACCUGCCCUCGGGGGAGUCGCUGCCGCGGACGGCAGACGAGAUCCAGAACACGCUGACCUCCCCGCAAUUCCAGCAGGCCCUAGGCAUGUUCAGUGCAGCCUUGGCCUCAGGCCAGCUGGGUCCCCUCAUGUGCCAGUUUGGGCUGCCCGCGGAGGCUGUGGAGGCUGCCAACAAGGGCGAUGUGGAAGCAUUCGCCAAAGCAAUGCAGAAUAGUGCCAAGCCGGAGCCCAAGGAGGGCGACACAAAGGACAAGAAAGACGAGGAGGAGGACAUGAGCCUAGACUAAGUUAUAGCGCCCCCUAGCCGCGUGACUCAGUAGUGGUGUUGUGCUUGGUGCAGCCCC